CCGGGGAGGAAGGGGAAGGGAAGGGGGAGCGGGCUGCGCUGUUGCCCUUUCAAGCGGGCGAGCGGGCGCAGCAGGCCGGUACAAAGGGAGCCGCUGCCGCGCUCGCCGUCCCCCCCGCCGGCUGGGGCUGCCCCGGCCCCCCGCCCUCCCGCCAUCUUCCGCCCCGCAGGCGCGGCCGGGGCCAGGGUCGGGCCGGGCUGAGGCGGAGGGAGGCGGUGGCAGCGCGGGCGAGGCGGCGCAGGCCCGGGCCCGGAGAUGAGGCCAGGAUGUCGGUGUCAGGGCUCAAGGCCGAGCUGAAGUUCCUCGAGUCCAUCUUCGACAAGGACCACGAGCGCUUCCGCAUCGUCUCCUGGAAGCUGGACGAGCUCCACUGCCAGUUCGUGCUGCUGCCGCCGCCGCCGGGCUCCGGCCCGCAGCCGCCGCCGCCGCUCACCAUCCACUGCAACAUCACGGAGUCUUACCCCUCUUCAUCACCAAUAUGGUUUGUAGAAUCAGAUGACCCAAACCUGACUUCAGUCUUAGAGCGUUUAGAAGAUAUUAAGAAGAGCAAUACUCUGCUUCUUCAACAGCUGAAGCGAUUAAUAUGUGACCUCUGCAGAUUAUAUAAUCUUCCUCAGCAUCCAGAUGUUGAAAUGCUAGAUCAGCCAUUACCAGCUGGACAGAAUGGAACAACAGAAGAAGUUACGUCAGAGGAGGAGGAAGAAGAUGAUAUGGGUGAAGACAUUGAAGAUCUGGAUCACUAUGAUAUGAAGGAGGAGGAACCAGUCGAUGGGAAGAAAUCUGAGGAUGAAGGCAUUGAAAAAGAGAACCUUGCAAUCUUAGAAAAAAUCAGAAAAAAUCAAAGGCAAGAUCACUUAAAUGGUGCAGUCUCUGGGUCAGUUCAGGCUUCAGAUCGACUUAUGAAAGAACUCAGGGAUAUAUAUAGAUCACAGAGUUACAAAACAGGGAUAUAUUCAGUGGAACUGGUAAAUGACAGCUUGUAUGAAUGGCAUGUUAAGCUUCUAAAGGUUGAUCCUGAUAGCCCACUGCAUAGUGAUCUUCAGGUCUUAAAAGAAAAAGAAGGUGUAGAAUACAUUUUACUCAACUUCUCUUUUAAGGAUAACUUCCCUUUUGAUCCUCCCUUUGUGCGAGUGGUAUCUCCUGUGCUCACAGGAGGGUAUGUCCUAGGUGGAGGUGCAUUAUGCAUGGAACUUCUUACUAAACAGGGCUGGAGCAGUGCCUAUUCAAUAGAAUCAGUCAUCAUGCAGAUCAAUGCCACUUUAGUCAAAGGAAAAGCCAGAGUACAGUUUGGAGCCAAUAAGAAUCAAUAUAAUCUAGCAAGAGCACAGCAGUCCUAUAAGUCACUAGUACAAAUACACGAGAAAAAUGGCUGGUACACUCCUCCAAAAGAAGAUGGCUAACAUUGAGGACUGUUGUAUACCUGGACCAAUGUCAACAAAACAAGCUCUUUUUUAUAUUUUCCAACACACAGACUCAAGCUAUGAGUGCCCCUAUAACAGCUGUACUGAAGACUUUAGCUAUUAGAUAAGUUAGUGGAUAAUCUGUCAACUGACACGUAAAGUAUAAGUUACAGCCUUACCAUUCCGCUCUUCUUAGGUACCUGGACUGAGCAGUUUGGGCCUUUACCGUAUUUGUUCUUAUGGAUUAAGCGUGUUUGGGCCAUGCCCUCCCUUCUCCCCCCACCCUUUUUUUUUUUUUUUAAUUUUAUUUGAAAGCAUAAGCUCCCUACAGCAGCCUAUCGAGUUACUAAAGAUCAUUCAGUAGGAGUGAGUUGUUCACACACUUCUGUGUAUUUCUUACCUUUUGCAAAAUGCAGACUGCGGAGACUUGCGUUGUAUCGUUUCAUUUAAAGCCAAGAAGUUUAAUACAUUGUUUAAUACUGUUUUAGGAUAUGUCAGGUCUUGCAAAUCACAGUAGUUUUUUCUGGUCUAAAAAUGACAGCAUCUGUAGUAUUUCCAAAUUAAUUAUAUAGGAACAACACGUGUAUGUUAAGUCAUUAAACAUUUUUCAUGGCUGUAUGAGAAUAUGAACUGUUUCUUGGAAAAGAUGCUCUUUGUUUAGAUUCUGUUCAUUUUUUGGUUUGGUUGGUUUUUUUUUUUGUUUGGUUUGCUUUUUGUUGUUUUUUUUUUGUUGUUGUUUGUUGGUUUUGUUUUGUUGGUUGUUUUUUUUUUUUUU